AUGGAUACACAAUUGUUACCUUCAGAACCAAAACUAUCUAUCUUAGAACACUUGGAAGCAUUCUCUUCCACUGUAAACUUUGAGGACAAAUACUUCCAAUACUGUACCUUUUUCGUCGUAUUUAACCCUGUGUUUUGGAAUAUUGUAGCCAGAACAGAAUAUAACUACCGUUUACUGACCAGAUUGACCAAGUCCCCUAAAACCGGCUGCUACCUACUAGCCCUUAUCAUCUUCUCGCUCGGUUUACUCCGUGACUAUAUGUUCAAUCAAGCCUUAAGACAACAGCUGCCUCUCACUCUUUUACAAAAUGACACAGUGAAGUGCCUGGCUGUCCUGUGUUUUGCCAUGGGCCAGUUACUAGUGAUCACGUCCAUGUAUCGGUUGGGAAUCAUCGGCACUUAUCUAGGCGACUAUUUCGGGAUCCUCAUGAAGGAAAGAGUCACUGGUUUCCCCUUCAACAUCUCCAAUAACCCAAUGUACCAAGGCUCUACUCUAAGUUUCUUAGGCACCGCCUUGUACUACGGGAAACCUGCAGGCCUGGUGAUCACUUUGUUUGUUUACAUAAUGUAUAAGGUCGCCUUACGGUUCGAGGAACCAUUUACUGCCAUGAUCUAUGCCAAAAAAAAAUUCUGA